UCAGGAUCAUCAACCAAACAGACUCAGGGCCUUGAACACCCAGAGCCAAUCACAGAGACAAAGGGCUUAGAGAAUGAUUUUAACUUCCUGAUGCAAAACUCUGGGCAAAGGGACAUCCAGAGCACAGCUUCCAGAAGAUGAAGGGGGAUGCUGACAGACUGAGGCUUUACCAAGAGUAUAUUUCAUACUAUGAAGACAGGAGCAGAGAUGGCAGGAUUGCAUUGUGUGACAAACAGGAUGUGGAGGGGCUCAGACACAUUGUGUCAGUGUGCAGCCCAUCAGCAGAGCUCAGAGGCUCCCAUUUCCAGAUCAUCGUAGAGAACUAUCGCAGGAGGCUGGGGGAGCAGCAAAGACAGGGAUUACUGAAAACCCUCCUGAAAGGAUUCGCCAUUCUGGAACUGAUCUGUAUCAACCUGUUUCUGUACCCCUGGAGGAAAGAGAUCAGGACUCUGAAGAGGUUCACCGGAAACUUUGUAUACUACAUCGAACCUGUGAUUCCAGGGCAUACAUUGAAAAAAACCCUGCAAAGGGUAGGUUACACCAUCAUCACAGAGACCGAGUAUAUUAUUGGAAGGAAAAUCAAUACAGAAGAGGCAAAACAAGUUGCCUUUGAACUGUUUGUGGCCAGAAUUCAGUGCCAAGAACUAAUUCAGCUGAUAAAUCAAGGUAAAACAGACUGCUUGGAACCCUUAUUUAAAGAGUCUUCUUCUGAGAAAGAUGAAGGAGAAGGGACUGAAUGUAAAAAUGCAGAGCAGCCCUCCACGGACAACAAUAUGCACGUUUUACUUGGUUUUUCAAAAACCGAGGGUAUUGAUAACCGGGAAUUUAAAUGUAAAAUAAAAGAGCUCACUACUAAGGGACUGGAGAAUAGAGUAUUGGAAGAGUCAUUGGCAUCACCUUUGAAACCAGAAAGUGUCCAUGAUGAUUCAGAAGGUUAUUUUAGCAAACCCUUAGACAGUGAAGAAUUUAUCAAUAAAUACAGUGAUCUCAACCUGGCUCAAAAGCCUAUAUUCCCAAGACAUGAAAGCAAAACUAUUCAUAUGAAAACCCACGAGAAGAAGACUAGUCAGUGGAUAAAACCAUUACUUGAAGAAUCAAAUAAAUACCUCAUCGGUCUAGAAUCUUCUGUGAAUGCGACGGCCAAUCCAAAAUCUUUAGAUGAAGCAGGUUGGAGCAAAGCCAUGGAAUUUGUACAAGAACCAGUGAGUGAGGCUAGAGGUGAAAGCAGUGAUGCCAUGGAUUACUCUCCUGGUUGGCAUAAAUCAAACAUAGAAGGAAAUUUUGGUAAUAUGCCCCACAAUGACUCUAGAGUGGACUAUAGCAGGUCAACCAAGCAUGGACAACCUUUAGAGAGGUCAGUAAUUAAACUGAAAAUGGAAAAAAUGAACAAUGUGUUUUUACCUUACCCUACUGAAGAGACUUUACCUCCAAACAGUAAAGCACCAACCAGUGGCAAUGAGUUGACCAACACUGAGUCAAAGUGGAAAUUAUCCGUGUGUGAAGAUCACUUUAGUGGUGGUUCCACAUCAAAUACUGUUAAUGCGGGGUUGUGUACACCCAAACUCACAUUUCCCAUGAAUAAAGCUGUUGAGUGUAGUGGCGAUAUAGAAAACAUAAGUCACCUUCGAGAGCCUCCAAACUCAACAUACAUCCCACCAGUUGGGGUAGAGCGGCAUAUCGGGAAAAUCUCAGACUUGCAACCUGAGGAGGACCAAUCCUUGUCUCAGUCAUCAGAUAUAGUCCAAAUUGAUGAAACCAUAUAUAAUAUGAACACAGAUACAAGGGAGGAUUUUGUAAUUAUUACCAGGCGAGAAAAUUUCCAAAGUUGAAUGACGCUGUGCCGACACAAACCUGAGACUUAUUGUUCUAAAUUUGACUUUGAUUAUCUGCUUGCUGCUACAUUGAAGCAUUUUUACUUCAUUCAAAAAAGAAAUUCUGAAUGGGUUCAGAUCCUUAUCGUGAAUAGGUACACGCAUGCCAACAUUUCCAUGGAGAUUUUAAGAAGACAUGCCCAUCCAGAUGGUUCUCCCUUGCAAUAUGAGUUGGUAGCAGAUGCACUAAAUCAGUGAAAAAGAUACAGCAGCCCAUAUAUCAGGAUUUAAACAACCUUAGCAAAUAAAAUUCCACAGCCAUUAUAUGUAACCAAAUAUAUGCUGACCAAUUACAACUGGAGUUGUACUUGUGCCUCACACGGUGGCAGGAAUCUUGUUGGUGUAUGUAAUACCUUGUCUAAUACAUCACCACUUUGUCUAUCUUUACCAGUGGUAAACCACGCAUGGUCCUACAACCAUUGCAGAACUUCUUUUAUCCAUGUAGCAAAAUGCACUGCAGAUUGUGGUGUUCCUGCCCUAUUGGGUUUUUUUUUUGGUUGUUUUUUUUAAGCCAUACCCUCCUGCUCGAUGCUACAGGUAAGUUUACAUUGACUGGACCAGUCAUACAGGCAUAGCAAGGAGAAUCGAGGCAAUCCAUUUUUAAAUGAAGGAUGAAGAACCGAAUUUGUUCUAUAUUGAAUGAGAGUUGAUCUGUAUAUUAAUGCAUUUUCAUUGCAUUUUAUCUGGAACAGAUGACAUUCAGGUAACCUACUGACUGACCAGCCAAAUUUUAAAUUGUGACUAUGAAAGAAGAAUGUUACACCAGCCUCACCUCACUAGCUUUUGGUGAUGACCACACACUACUACCAUGUAUAGAUUGUUGACUAUAUUCUGCUCUUCACU